UAACAAAUGGACACUACGACUUCCUGUCAGUACCACAACAAAAAGAGAUUGAAUGAAGAUUAUAACCGAAGUCGCGUGAAGAUGAGCAGAUUUAAAGCGUUUCUGUGCAGGGGCCUGCGCUUUAAUUUCUUGCAUAUCAGAGGUGGAGUUCUAGAGAGUGCAACAUACUCCUAGACAGUUCUCUAAACGCCAAACAAGUGUCUUGUCAGACAUCUCUUCAAGUGUCCCAAUUUCGUCUUAUGAAUCAAGUUACUUUCUUGUUCCAGCUGAUCGUGUAUAUCUUCAUGUUUUCUUGCCCAGAGAGACAAAAUACGAAGUUUUAUUCUGUUUGUAAUUUUAUGACGAACUUAAUCGCACCAUAGACAACAUAUAUAUUUGUCACAGAGUGUGAAACACAAGCCUAAAUCCAUGAUGGAGGUAGAUCACGACCCACAGGCAAACUCGUCAGCCAUGCCUGGGGUUGGAACAUUGAAAAGGUCAAACAGUGCGCCAAUGAUUAAUGCGCUCCUUCCUACUUCGAAUGCAGAAACAAGCACUUCCACAUUCAAGUCAACAGAAUCAUCAAGGAUUCGGCGGUUCAGUUCCAGCAACAUGUCCCUGUCGUCCUUAUCGACACCUUUGAGAGUCCCCGAUCGGAUAAAUCAGAUCAAGAUUGAGGAGAGUCAUAUACCUGACCGAGAAGCUGCUCAUGAGAGGGAAAUGAGGAACCAAAUGCAGAUCUCAACAUCUUGGGAUGGAUUCAAUUUGGUAUGUCAAUCAAAUGUGGAGGGUGAGAUGUUAGCGGAGCAGACUCAGCGACGCCCACGCUCGUUCAGCGAGUCCCUCCACAUCAUGACAUCACCUAGUCUACUCUGUGGGUCCCCCUCGCCCACCAGACUUGGGAAGCAAUGCUUCUCUCCAUCAAUGCAGAUUCCGAUACGGAACCACUCGUUUACACCCUCACCUAGUCCAAGUCCUACAAGAAAGUCAUUUAUGAGGAGCCUGAGUCCCAUUGCUGUACGACCGAGUCCACUAGGGAAACGCAAACUGGAGUCCGACAACAGCGACAGGUUUGAAUAUCUGAGUCCUCCAAAGAAGUUCCACACCGGACCCAGUACACCUGACAGAAUCAUCCCCCACCCACUAGCACACAGCAUAUCAUCUAGUAGCUUAGAAGACCACAGUCCAGAGCAGACAGUUCCGCGCGGGCCGGGGGCCGUGAUCGAUCAGUCACACCCGUCAAAGACACACAUGUUCGGCUUCAUGCCUCUCAGAGACUCACACGACAUACACAUGACAGACUCGGAGGCGUCAGACAUCACAGAGUCUGUUGAUAUAUCGGAUUCUCCGGCGCCAGUCAUGACAAACCAUACCAACCCCAGUGCCACUGGAUUUACACCGAUAAAACAGACCCAUGUUUAACCAUCCUACGUUGUCGGCAACAGAGACUGUAGGUUUGUUCCCAGCAAGGUUAUUUUGAGACAUUGUUUUCAAAGACAGAUGAAACCUUUUUAGAUUAAAUUCAACCAAAUUUCCACUUUUGUUAAGUUUUUAAAGAUAUUUUUGUAUGUGUGACUUCAUUAUGUUGAAUUGAUACUUAAUCAAUUUGGAAAUUUGAAAAUUUUAUAAUUCACUUGGAUAUUGUUUGAAGUGUCAAUGGAGAAUGUUGAUCUAUGUGACUUGAAUGAAGCAGUGUUGUUUGUGAACAAAACAAUGCUACAAGGUUGUUGGAAUCAUCAAGUCAGUUUGGUUGAAAAAGGGGAGAGAACUGAAUAGUUUACUGAUGGCAGCCAGAGUUACCUCCCUUUGAACUUGUUUUGAUUUUGCAAGUGCUAAGCCAAUUGUUUGUCUUUGUUCUUGAUCAGUAAUGUAGAUGAUGCUUAUGAUGUUUGUUGGUAGUGUUUAACAUAAGCAGGGUUGUUUACAAAAGUAAAUAUGUUUGUAAUGUUUAUUUAGGUGUUUUCUUCAGAUUGGAUUAUGUCCCUUGUCAAGGGAAAUGCCAAGCUCCUCACGAGGACAACCUGUUCAGGAGCUCUCAAUACUAUUACUGCUACCAGUCGCUGUGCUCAGAGGGCUACAACCAUUGUUAGAAAUUGGCAUAAGUCCUAUAGUACUUGCCAAACUGCCCAAUAGUUAAGGUAUAGUAAGGACUAGUAGAAAUUUGCCUUUUUAAAGGGUUUUGCUAUAUGUUACUAUAAUGAAAUUCUCAGAGACAGACACAAAAUCAACACGUCUUUACAUUUUGGGUUGGAAGGCAAAAUUGGAAACUUCUUGAAAUGAAGUGGCACUGGUGGCAGCGAUAAUAUCGGGGGAGGAAUGAUGGUGUCAUGUGCUGGAAUGGAGCUUGGGAAAAUGCAUUUUUCACACCCGGACUUCUAUUUGUUUUGCAUAGGGCUCACUGAGAAGAGAUUACUGUAUAUAUCGUGCAAUCCUGUCCCAUGUCUGUCAUGGUCAUGGUCUGUGUAAAUUUGCUGUAGUUAUUAUUUCUGUGAAAUAGUUCAUAUCUGAUGGAUACACACUGAGAUAUGCACAUUGUACAAUGAUAUUUCAGAUCAGUGGAUAGUGACCCUUGGCCCUUGGAUUCUUGUCAGAGAUUGAAUGUUUUUUGGUCACUGUCUCAAAGCUUACACUUUUUCUUCUGUGAAAUAACAAGCCAGAAAGUGUUGUUUUUGUCACAACGCAUUUCAUGACAUCCAUGCUGGAAAAGGGAAAACAAAUAUUUUGGGGUGUAAAACUUAAGGCAAAAUAAUAUUUGCCCAGGAUUCAGGGACAAACUGUUUUGUUUGUGUGUAGAAAACCCCCAGAAUGUCAAAUGAUGGAUCCUGAAUACAAUAUUAGUUCAAAAAUAAAUCUAUGAAAAGUCUACGGGGUACGGGUGGCCCAGUCACCUAAGGCGCUGCAGUUUGCUGUGCAGAGUUGCAUCCCUUGGAAGUACCAGAAACAUGUGUUUGAGGAGUCAAAUCGCGGUUCUCCCUGAUUAAGUUUGUCAGCACUAUUACAGUACUCAUGGGUUUCACCAUGGGUUAAACGUCAGAGACCUGCAUCACUGAACUUUUAUGGUCGGUUAACUCGGAAGAUGUUGUGACAGAUUCGAGUACAUACUGACCGAAUACACUUAUACUGUGACAAUACAGUGUUUUAUAUUUUAGUAGACAAAGAAUGAACUUAUUUUUGAAAAUAUACAGUUACUUAGCUGGUGUUUCAUGAUGUCAAUGCUGCAAAGGUGCAAGUUUUUAACGCUAUUGAAAAUAUUAACUUUAGUUCUAAACACUAUAAUUCUGGACUGAUACCCUUUAGUCCGGUGUCCAAGGACACGUAACCUCUGUAUGUGUAAGCUGAAAUGGUGAUGAAAGUGUAUGUUGAAUGUAACCAAAGAAAGAGGAUGCUUGGGUCAAGUUACCAUGGUUACCUAACCAGAGUUUUAUACCCGAUCUUUUAUAAAACUUGAAAUAGAAACCUAUUACAUACCCGUUUAGUCAAGGAAGGAGAAUAUAAUUCAAUAUGCAAAUAUUUAAUCAUGUUAUUAUUAAAUUGAAUGCCUAUAUUUUUGGUAACCAUGGUAACAGGACCCAAACACUGUUUUGGUCCCACGCAUAUAUAUAUAUAUAUUGAGGUUUGUCAGAAAUAAGAUAAAUAUUAUUCCAUAUUUUGCAUGUAAAUGUAUUUACUGUACAUAGUGUCGGUACAUGCUUGGAGUUGUCUUUGUGAUAAUGUGUAUCAACUCUUUCUCCACUCCAGAAUAGGAAUGUUUAUGAAGUGUCUGUGAGAUACCCAGUGCAGCGUGUUGUCCCUUGGAUGGCAUCUGUAGACAGGGGGAGGC